AUGAGAUCGCUGGGGGCUUCAUUGCGCUCUAAGCCCCCUCCUCCCUCUCAGUUUACUACGCACCAUCUCGCACCUCACCUUUCAUUCAACCAUGCCUAUCCCUCUCCUCGUCUCGCCCUCUUCCCCGUUGCAGCGCCAUUCCACUUCGCCCCGCUCCCAGCCCCAGCAGCAGCCAGCGCGGAUCAGAUUGCGGGCGGUGGUGGCGGGGGGUCGGGGGAAGGCGGGGCGGAGGCGGGAGGCGGAGGGGAGGGGCGGAAGGAGGAGGUCGGGGAGUGGCGGCAGUGGAUCCAGCAGGCGCUCUCCAGUGCAUGUGCUUCCGGCAAGAUCAGACCCAGGAACAAGGUGAGCCCGCAGUCUCACUCUCCUCAUGUUAGGUUCGGCAAGGACCCGAACCUGGAGUCGGGGGAGCCGGACGAGGAGGAGCUUGACAUGGCAGCUGCUGUUGUGGGGGACGAUGAGCUCUAA